UUGGCGGUUAUCUUUACCGCUACUUCCUCGAACAUUUGAACCCUUUGCCGCCUAAAACCCUAGUCUUGAUUUCGACAAGCUUCACCCACUCUGUCUCCUCUCAGAUUCAUCUCAGAUCGCGCUGUAAUUUCCUCGACGGAGUCGGUAAUCGAGCGAUCCGCGGAUAAUGGACAGCGACGACGAUUACGGGUCAUUUGCACCUUCGGUAGAAGCCUCGCCGCAGGCCCAGCACCGGACACUCAAGCGCUUGAAGAAAGCCGACUCAAAACCCUCGAAGGAAUCGUUGCCCGUGCCAGACGAUGAUCCUCUUUUGUUUCCUCAUGUAGAUUUUGCGAGAUUGGAAGCCUUAGAGAAUGAUUCUGAAUUUCCAGAGUUAAACGACUUAAAGUCGACCGAAGAGGUAAAUUUAUCUCAAGAAUCACUGUCUGAAGGCAUCGACGAUGAGAAAGAAGAUAACGUGGUACCUAAAUCCGUCGAGGAGGUUAAGAAAACAAAGAGAGUUUUGGAGUUUGAUAGCGGUGAGGUGGGCGGAGAAUACGGAGACGAAAAUAGUGAGGGUUUUGAAUCAAAAAAGAGCAAUAUUGAUAUGGAUGCUGAGAUAGAUCUAUUUGAGGAGAAAAAGGACACGAAAAAGAUCAAGAAAAACAGAUUGAAGAGUGAUACAAGCGAUUAUCCAGAGAAGAAUGCGCGGCGACCUAAUAAACGGAGAGAGGAGAAAGAAAGAAAGGCUUACCUGGAGGAACUUCAUGCUGAAUCCCAGAGACUUCUACGAGAAACUAGAGAUGCAUCGUUUAAACCUACACCGGUGGUGCACAAGCCUAUAUCUUCAGUUCUAGAGAAAAUUCGAAAGCGGAAGAUAGAAGUAUCGAAAAAAGCUAUGGCCGUGGAUGAGAGGAGUUAUCUGGCUGAGGAAAGCAACAAAUCAAUUGAUAAUUUGAUGGAAAUUGAUGAAUCUGGUGAAGGGAAGAAUGACAAUAAGCUUGCAGCAUUAGUGCAAAAAGGGAUAGUUGGUAUGUUCGCGGACAGAGAGAUAACUGCUUCUGAAGGCGAAUGCAAAGACUCUGCAAAACAGACAAAUUCUGAAAAUGAUCAAGACCAAGAGUUGCAGAAGGAAGAGCCUAUAUCUGCAUUUCGAGCACCAGCGGAUGAUACUGAGGAUCUUUUUGAUGACACUGAACCAAACACCGCUACCUCCGGACCGGAUAUGGAACAAGCAAAUGAUGCUUUGGAAGAAGAUUCUGCUCCAUCUUUACUUCCUAUUAACUUAAAGUUUGAUUCUGUUCCUAUGGAUGAUAGCUCUUCAGAUGAAGAAGAUAAUGAUAAGGAAAAUGUGGAGCCCCAUCCCAGUGGCUCUUCCCCUAGAGGUGAUCCUGUGAAAGACUUUGUUGAUGAUGAAGCUGAGGAGGAAGAUGACAGUGAUAAUGAUCUAAAUUGCUUACAAGAAAACGGGGAAGAUGAAGAUAUUGAAGAUUUUGAGGAACUUAAUGAUAUGAUAGCAACUGGGUACGAAGAAAAACCCAGCGAUAAUGAAAGGCGCAAUGAACUCCAUCAGAAGUGGCUUGAGCAACAAGAUGCUGCUGGAACUGAUAAAAUUAUGCAGAGAUUGGGCUGCGAUUCUGGACUCCGAGAUGCACUACUGAAAGAGAAGGAAUCUGAAAGUGAUGAGGAGAAUGAGAACGACGAAUCUGAUAAUGAAGCAAGAGAAGACUCCUUACCUCAGAAUCCUGAGAGAAUGAAUAUUAAGAAAGCCAAGCAGAUAAUUUUAAACCUUCUUUCUGAAAAGGAAGAUGGUUAUUAUUCUGACGAUGAUCAUGACAAACAAAGGAAGUAUGGCCAGCACAUCAUCAGAAAUGAAGAACGGCCUCAAUUAACUACACCAGCUGAUGAUGAAAGCUCAAGGGAAGUGUUCGGUCUUAUUAAGAAGAUGAACAUCGCCUCAGACCAAAAGAAAAAACCAAAACCGUUAUCAUUCUUUGACUCAGUUCUUAAAGGGGGAAGUAGCAACAGCUCUUCAAAGUCUUCUUUCCUUGGAAGAAUGUCAAAUCAACAGGCUCCAUCAUCCCAUAGGCAAGGGUCGGGAACAGGUCGACAUUUUAUUUUUGGGAGGGAUGACAGCAAUAGCAGGAGUUCCUUUUCACUGUCCGAGGAUUCUUCUGAUACUGUAUCUCAAGAAAAUCGACAAACCAGGGCUAAAUACAGCAGCACCAAUUCUCAGCCGAGAUUCAGCAGUCAAGCCACAAACUCUGCUGCCGGUACUUCAUUGUUUGAGAUACUGAAGCGGCCAGCGCCGCAACCCCAAGCCUACAAUCAAGACACCACAAUAGACCUGACGAAGAGCAUCUUCACCUUUAGAGCUUCGAAAAGGCCGAUGAAGAUCGAGGGAAGAGGCUAAAACUA